AUGCCGCCACCUAACUGCUCCGAGCACAGCGUGGCCGUGGAAGUGGCCGUGGCCUCGCUGCUGGUGCUGGAGUGCGGGCUGGGCCUGCUGGGCAACGCCGUGGCCCUGUGGACGUUCCUCUUCCAGCUGAAGGUGUGGAAGCCCCACGCCAUCUACCUGUUCAACCUGGUGGUCGCCGACCUCCUGCUGACCCUCUGCCUGCCCUUCCUGGCCGCCUUCUUCCUGAGGCACAAGACCUGCAGCUUUGGACACGUGUCCUGCAAGAUCCUGCUCUUCCUGUGGUCCCUCAGCCGGGGGGUGGGCGUCGCCUUCCUCACCGCCGUGGCUCUCGACCGCUACCUCCGAGUGGGCCACCCUCGGCUCAAGGUCAACUUCCUGACCCCUCGGGCGGCCAAGGGGAUCUCGGGCCUCAUCUGGCUCCUGAUGAUGGUCCUCAGCCACCAGAGCUUGCUCGUGCCGGAGGCCGAGUGCCCAGGUUCUGGCCCGUGUGCUGGCGUCUCCUUCAGCCGCACGUGGCAGGAGGUGCUGUCCUUCAUCCAGUUCAUUCUGCCCUUCGGCCUCAUACUGUUCUGCAACGCGGGCAUCAUCAGGAUCCUGCAGAAGAGGCUCCGGGACCCAGACAAACAGCCCAAGCUGCAGCGGGCACGGGCGCUGCUGGCCACGGUCGUGGUGCUGUUCGCACUGUGCUUUCUGCCCAGUUUCCUGGCCCAGGUCCUGCUGGCCGCCUCCCGGGGCUCGGGCAGUUGCAGGGUCCGCAGGGCGCUGGUGCACACGUCCGACGUGACCAGCAGCCUCACGGGCCUGCAGAGCGUGCUGAACCCCGUGGUGUACUGCUUCUCCAACCCCACGUUCAGGCACUCCUACCGGAAGGUCCUCUUCACCCUGCGAGGCCGCGGGCAGGAGACCCAGGCCCCAGGCGACCUCAGAGACUCCGACUCCUGA